AUAAAACUUCCUCAAGCUUUUAGCCGUUUUAGGGUUUAAUCCUUGAGAUCUAAAUCAUGGCGGAUGUGGAACCAGAGGUUGCUGCAGCAGGAGUCCCAAAGAAGAGGACGUUCAAGAAGUUUGCCUUCAAAGGAGUUGAUCUCGAUGCUCUUCUUGACAUGUCUACUGAUGAUCUUGUCAAGCUCUUCCCUUCUCGUAUUCGCAGAAGGUUCUCUAGAGGUUUGACCAGGAAGCCAAUGGCUCUCAUUAAGAAGCUGCGUAAGGCUAAAAGAGAGGCACCACAAGGUGAGAAGCCAGAGCCAGUGAGAACCCACUUGAGGAACAUGAUCAUUGUCCCAGAGAUGAUUGGAAGCAUCAUUGGAGUAUACAAUGGAAAGACCUUUAACCAAGUCGAGAUCAAGCCUGAGAUGAUUGGUCACUACCUGGCUGAGUUCUCCAUCUCGUACAAGCCGGUUAAGCACGGUAGGCCUGGUGUUGGUGCUACCCACUCCUCCAGGUUUAUCCCUCUCAAGUGAAGAGCUUAUACUACUACUGCUUGGGGAAUGUGUUCCAUCGUUGUAUGGUCUUUGCUUUGAUUUUGUCUUCAAUGUAAUGCGGAUCCUUUUUUUGCAAUUUGUUUUUGGUUUAUGAUGAAUGAAACUACUUUUAGAUACUUUGUUAAAUCUAUGUUUUUCUUGCAUUUUCAUUAAGGUUUCAUUUGCGCACGGGUUGUUUUUCAGUUUUGUAAAAGUUUUUAAUCAACACGAG